AUGCUCAGCCGAUCUAUAGCCCGAGGAGCCUCGCGGCGACUUGCCAAGGGCACUCCUCUCCCAGCAUGUAAAGCUACACCAACACCCAUGUACACACGAUCACCCAGCCUAGACCAACGCAGACAUGAGUCCAACACCCCAUCCUACACCCCCGGCCCAGCUCAAAAAGUCAACGCCGACUCCGUCAACUUCCCCGGCGCCGUCAACAGCAAAUUCACCACCGCCAUGGCCUUCCAAAACCCUGCCCAGGAACUCGCCAUGCCCACCUACCGCUACAUGGACGCCGACGGCAACGUCGUCGACACCUCCCGCGAACUCACCCCUGUCUCCGACGAAGAAGUCACGACCUGGUACCGCAACAUGCUGACCGUCAGCAUCAUGGACCUGAUCAUGUUCGACGCCCAACGCCAAGGCCGCACGUCCUUCUAUAUGGUGUCGGCCGGCGAGGAGGGAAUCGCCGUGGGCACAGCUUCGGCAUUAGACUCCGAGGAUGUAUGCUUCCUCCAAUACCGCGAGCAAGGCGUCCUCGUACAACGCGGCUUCACCCUGACGGAAAUGAUGAACCAACUCUUCGCCAACAAGGACGACCACGGCAAGGGCCGGAACAUGCCAGUGCACUACGGCAGCGGGAAGCUGAAUGUGCACACCGUCUCAAGCCCGCUCGCAACACAAAUCCCGCAAGCUUCCGGCGCAGCCUACGCUCUCAAAAUGCAGAGCCUGAUCAACCCGAACGUCAAGAAACGCAUCGUGGCAUGCUAUUUCGGCGAAGGCGCCGCGUCAGAAGGCGACUUCCACGCCGCGCUCAACAUCGCUGCCACGAAGUCCUGUCCUGUGGUAUUCGUGUGCCGCAACAAUGGCUUUGCUAUUUCAACGGCUAGUAUCGAGCAGUAUAAGGGCGAUGGAAUCGCGAGUCGUGGGUUGGGUUAUGGGAUUGACACGAUUCGUGUGGAUGGGAAUGAUAUUUUUGCUGUAAGAGAAGUCAUGAUCGAGGCAAGAAAGAAGGCGCUGGAAGGCGACUGUAAGCCGAUUCUGAUUGAGGCGAUGAGCUAUCGAGUCAGUCAUCAUUCUACCUCAGACGAUAGCUUUGCGUACCGCGCCAAGAGGGAGGUGGAAGAAUGGAAGAGACGGGACAACCCUAUCACGCGUCUGCGGAAGUGGAUGGAGAAUAAGGGGAUUUGGAAUGAGGAUAUGGAGAAAGAGGCACGGGCGAGUAUUAGGAAAGAGGUGUUGAGGGAGUUUGCGGCGGCGGAGAAGUUGAAGAAGCCGCCUAUCAGAGCGAUGUUUGAGGACGUGUAUGAAGAGAUCACGCCGGAGGCAAAGGCGCAAAUGAGGGAGCUGAAGAGGGUGGUUGAGAAGUAUCCGGGGGAGUAUGAUGUGAAGAGUUUUGAGGGUGGGCUGGAGACGCUGAAUAUUGAGGCGAAGUGA